GACAUAUACAACAACAAACACAAUCCGAAUAAAAGACUCUCAAGCAAGAAGGUAGCAAGACACUUGCAUCAGACGGGCACGUUGGCUGUGGAUGCUACAGAAGACCCUUACCGGGACGCCAUGGAGUGUGCAGAUGAGGACAUCACUGACAAGGUUAUCUUCUUGGAGAAGAGGGUCACAGAGCUGGAAAAGGACACAGCAGCCAAUGGGGAGCAGCACAAUCGGUUAAAACAGGAAAAUCUGCAACUUGUGCACAGAGCUAAUGCCCUUGAGGAGCAGCUGAAGGAACAGGAGUUGAAAGCAGAUGAGACCCUCAUGGAGGAGAUCAAAAAACAGAGGGAAAUUCUGAGCAAGAUGGAGAGAGAAAAGAGUAUUGAGAUUGAGAAUCUGCAAGCCAGACUACAGCAGCUGGAUGAUGAUAACAGUGAGCUGAGAUCCUGCGUCCCUUGUUUGAAGGCCAGUAUCGAGAGGCUAGAGGAGGAGAAGCAGAAAUUGUUAGAUGAGAUUGAAGACCUCACUGCUCAACUCAAGGAGGAGCAGGAAAGCAAGAGGAAGAUGGGAGACAAAUUGACCCAUGAGAGACACCAGUUCCAGAAGGAAAAAGAGUCCACCCAAGAGCUGAUUGAGGACCUCAGGAAGCAGCUGGAGCACCUGCAGUUGUUUAAACUUGAAGCAGAGCAGCGAAGAGGCAGAAGCAGCAGCAUGGGACUCCAGGAGUACAAUAGUAGGACGCGGGAGACAGAGCUGGAGCAAGAGAUCAGACGGCUCAAACAGGAUAACCGAAACCUGAAGGAACAAAAUGAUGAACUGAAUGGACAGAUCAUAAACCUUAGCAUCCAGGGAGCCAAGAACCUCUUCUCAGCUUCAUUUUCAGAGUCCCUAGCUGCAGAAAUCAGCUCGGUCUCCAGAGAUGAGCUAAUGGAGGCGAUUCAAAAACAGGAAGAAAUCAACUUCCGCCUCCAGGAUUACAUUGACAGGAUCAUUGUUGCCAUCAUGGAAACGAAUCCAUCCAUCCUGGAAGUCAAAUAAGGAGGCCACAAGCUGCAGACUCUGUACUCGGGAUCUGGUGUGGACUUAGUGCUCUGAGAGGGGAAAAGAGGCUUGCAACACCUUUGAUCUUAAUGAAGGCACAAGAAGCAUCACUUCAGAUCAUUGGAUGAAUUAAUCCAGUGGACCGGGGGAGAAACAAAAACAGCAAUGAAGCCGUGUUGUUUGACUCCGUUACUUAAAGACCCUUCCUGGCUUUGAGGGGUAAAAAGGGAAUCUGGAGAAAUGCAGGCAUAGGCAGAAGAGGAAGGGGAAAGAAGAGGAACUGCCACCCUGCCACUGGAACAUAUCGAACACUGGGGUUGAUAAAUGGCUGCUAACAGGAACUGUCUAAACCAUAAUCCUGAAAUCCCUAUUGCACAGGUGGGGACUGAGUUUGAAAAGAGUUAUCCAGAACCUAGGGCCAUAGAGAGAUGACUCCCAUUCAGCCUGUUAUUAAGAGAAGAUGCUAAUGGGAUGGAGAAGCUAGCUGACUGAAUUCUGUGCCCUGUCCCACUGACACACCUACUUUGCCGAAGUGUCCAGCACAUGCUCACUAAGGCAAAUCUACCAACAAGAAAAGCUUUGUCCCAGACCUGUAUAUUUUUUUUUUUUUUCACUCAUAGCGGGAAGUUCCUUCUUCAAACAGCACUGCUAGCACCUCACUCCCUGGGGCUUGGCCCUGAUGGGUUCUCCAUUUAGGUGGUAGAUGAAAAGGGAGGAGUGGCCAUCUUUUGUAGACCAUUGUUGGAGCCUGAUCUGUGCCUCUGCACUUGUGUUUUGUUCUGGCUUGGUGAGAUGUUACAUUGCUCCAUCUUCUUUGGAGCUCACUGUUCAGCAAGCUCCAUCCCAUGUGUGAUUCACUGGGGUGGCUUUUACCACAUUCCCUUUCUCCUUUUGGGACAAGUUCCCCAAGUAUCAGAUGUGAAUCCCUAUGAAUCAAGCCAGUGGGGCCUGAAUUGAAUGGGCCUGCGGUAGGGCAACAAGCAAUGGGAGGGAUAAAAGUCACACAACCAUGGAUAGGUGGACUCUCUACCCUUCCUUCCUGUUGUUCCCUUCAGGGACUGAAGGCAGGGCUACAAUCUCUCCCAGCUUUAUUAGUCAGUCCUAGAGCCAGCCUGGCAGCUGGCAUGUUCUUCCCUGCUCCUGCUUCUGUUUGUAUGACUCCUCCUUACCGUGGAGUACUUUUAUAGCCUUAGUAUUGCUGCAGCAACAAAUGGGCGCACAGCACCUUGAGGCAGUUGCAUUCAGGCAGCCCCUUGUGUCAGAGAAUAAGCUACAGUGAAGAGAAACAACAUGAGCCAUUUGAACACUUAUUUCAGGCCCAAGGAUUGUUGUACCAUGGAAACUGUCGCCUAUGCCUGAAUGUCGCUUCAGAAUGAAAGUGGUACGGUCUAUGGCAAUAAUCUUCUCUGAGAUGGGCUCUGCUGUUGACGCUCACAGCACUGGAGGUGGGGCCCUUGCCAGGGUAUAGGGCAGAGCCCUGGCUGGCUCUUGCCCGUCCUCUUCUCACAUCCCUGUGCUGCCCUACCUUUGGUUUCACCCUUGCAUUAAUCAAGUUUUUGUUGGUCUAAACCAGGAAACUGCUAUUAUUGUGUUGACUACUUAGACAACUGAGUUUACCUGGAGCCUGAACCUUGUGGUGGGAAGGGCAUACAGCUCGCUGGAGACUGAAAUCCACGACCGCUGGGAAACAAAAGCCAUGUUUGCAUCCAGCACAUUCAGGCUCACUACUAUGAAAGGCCAUUUUUAAAUCUAAGGGCCUUUCACAGUGCAUUGCAUAAUAAGUAAAUGAGGAGUUGAUUAAAAAGAGCCUUUUCUUCUGGCUACCAAAAUAACGUUAAGAAGGGUAGAAGCUCCUGAAGGAUCUGGCUUCUGUUACUGAGGUGUUUUGGCCCAACAAGUUGGGGUGGGGGGUAUGUUUGUGAAACUUAAACAUAAUUUUCUCCAAGUCAAUAUUAAAUGGUUCCUCACAAAUACACUUUUCCUGUAACAAAUAGCUGUCCUGAUUCCAAGCAUAGUCACAUGGGACAGACAGCAGGUUUCUCUUUUAAAAUACGGGGCAGUUUUGUUGUUUUUAAAUCAGCCAGUUAGCUUUUAAAGGACUUGGCUAACUGGGUUGAAUGCCAAAUCUGUAGUAAUGUGUAAAACUUCUGCAUCAGUACCACACUUUACAUGCAUUCCUCAUCUUUAGCACUAAAGCAUCUGAGUUUGGCAAGUGGCCAGCUCUGUAGCUGCACUCCUCACUCCCCUGUAAAGCCUGUUACAUGCUCACAACUACUGAGUUAUCCUCUCUUCCAUAGUUUUAUUCCUUAGAUUGGAGAGUAAAAGCACUUCACAGGGCACAGGACAGCACAGAACCAUAUUCAUGGUAGCCUAGAGGAUGUCCCAGUGGUGGGAGAGGAGCCUGCCUGGGGAUCUCUGUGAGCACCCUAAGCAAUGUUGCUACCCUGACUUCUCUACCACUCCAUGAUACAGAGCCAGCUUUCCGGGCACCUGUGCAGUGUAUUCAUAUUUAUACAGGUUUGACUUUUGUUUUAAAGUCUGUAGUCCCUUGAACUGGGUAAGGGAAGUGCCCUUUUAAGAGGGGCAAAGAGGAGGCAAUGCUUUCAACUCUUCUGCCAGGCAGGAGCAGGAUCUCCAGUCCCCUUUGGAUGCUCUGUGAAAACACUUUCCUGAGGAGGCUUCUGUUUGUAAGAUCUGCUGCAAGAAAAGGGGUGAUGUGCAUCGAAGGAGGGAGCCAUGUUCUCUCAGCACCAGGGCAGUGAACCACCAACACCCACCUUCCCCCUCCUGCACCCUUGUGUAGCAUACCCCAGCAGACCAAAAGCUCCUGUGCACUUGGCAGUGCUCUGAGCUGUCUCCCUCGCAUACAUUUCGCUCCUCAAGUCUGUGGGAAGAAGCCACGUACUGUACAUUUCCAGAGAAGCUUUGGGUGUAAAUCAGUGUAUACUUGGAGAGGGAGAUUUUUCUAUCUUGUAGAGUAGGUAUUUUUAUAGAAUGAAGGUUGAUCAAUUUUUUUAAUACUUUAAAGAAGAGAGAAAUGUAUCUGUGUAUACACAAAUAUUAUAUAAAUAUAAAUAUAUAUAUAUAUGUAUAAAUAUAUAAAUAUUGGAGACCUGCCUUUCUUGACUUGGGAUCAUGUAUCCCCAGUUAAAACAGUCUUUUUUUUUUUUUUUUUCCUGUUGAUCACUCCGAGGUACUGUAACUGUAAAUAAUCACCAGGAAAAAAGUUUUAAACACAAAAGCACUGACUUGCACACUGACAAUGCUUUAAAUUCCCAAGGAAAAAAACUGUACUUCCCAAUAAAGUUGCGCUCUCCCUGCUGGUAUGUGAAGGAAACUCGAAACGAGGCAAAAACAGUAUUGUCUUAAAUGAUGUAUUGAUUCUUGUCAAAUUAAAAGCUGUUACCAUUA